AUUAUACGUUCACACCAAAGACUUCAAAAAUAAGCUAGGUGCUGGUGGUAGUCUGACUAACCAAUCAGACUAAUUUACAGAUAGGGAAAUGCAGCCAAGAUAAAGUAGGAGAUAGAGGACUAAGAAGAUCAUUUUACUUAAUUUUUAUUUUUUUACCAAGUUGGGUAUGUGGUUCUAUGAUAACUUGCUUUGAAUCACAGAGGCCAAAAGCAUCUACAGUAGGCAGUGAGUGAGGAGAGUCAGUGAGUCCAGUUUCUUACAUAGCCACGGUGAUUUUAUGGUACACAGGGGCUUGAUUCAAAAGCACGACUAGCACAGAGGGAGUUGAAGUAGUUAGUUUCAGUUUAUUGUAAAAACACAAUGAGUAACCAGGAGUGUGGAGGUAAUCGCUGUGAGCCGGUGGACUGGGUGAAGACAAGGCAAGAGACUGGUGAGAGCAGGCAGGCGGAGCGAGGACAGCGGGCUGAGGUGGAGCAGCGGAAGAUCUGGGGUGAGGUCUUUCUGGAAAGCCGGCACCUGCUUCAAAAUGACCCUGCAACCAUUAACUCCAGUGAACUGUGCAGGCCUUCUACAGCCCGGCUGCUCUCUGUUGCAUCUGGAUGGUGAAGUUCUCCUGUUUGGCCAGAAAGGUUGGCCCAGGCGCUCGUGUCCAACAGGGGUGUUUGGGGUUCGGUUUAAACGUGGUGAGAUGAAGUUGAGGCCCAUCUCCUUCUCCAAUGAUUCAUGCUACCUUCCUCCAUUACGUUGUCCAGCAGUUUGCCGCCUCGACCCCUAUGAUGGCCUUCCAGAGAGUUAUCUCAUCCAUGGUGGCCGCACUCCAAAUAAUGAGAUCUCAUCGAGCCUGUACCUGCUGACCAUGGAUAGCCGUGGCUGCAAUCGUAAACUGACCUUGUGCUGCAAAGAGAAAGAACUGGUGGGAGAAGUGCCGGGGGCCAGAUACGGCCACACAAUGAGCGUGGUUCAAAGCCGUGGGAAGACAGCUUGUGUAUUGUUUGGGGGUAGAUCCUACAUGCCUGCAGGAGAGCGGACCACAGAGAGCUGGAACAGUGUUGUCGACUGUCCUCCUCAGGUGUUCUUGUUUGACUUGGAGUUUGGUUGCUCCUCUGCUCACACUUUACCUGAGCUCAGCGAUGGACAGUCUUUCCAUUUGGCCAUUGCCAGAGAAGACUGUGUCUACUUCCUCGGGGGUCACUUGCUCACCUCUGACUCCCGACCCCCUCGACUCCUUCGCCUGCGUGUUGAGCUUCUGCAGGGCAGCCCCUUGCUUUCCUGUGAGACUCUAGACACUGGGAUAUCCAUCUCUAGUGCCAUAAUCACCCGUACAGGUCCCACUCACAGAUAUGUCAUCUUAGGUGGGUAUCAGGCAGACUCUCAGAAGAGGAUGGAGUGCAGUACUGUGAUUCUGGAUGAGAAAGGGAUCUACUUUGAGCCCUUGGAACCACCUAAGUGGACCCCAGAUAUCAUCCAUAGUCGCACUUGGUUUGGCGGCAGUGGCGGGGAGGGAAGCGUCCUACUUGGUGUACCUACUGAGGGAAGGACAUCCCAACCAGAUAUGCAUUACUUUUAUCAGGUGAGCUUCCAGACAGAGGGAGAUGGCCAAGAGGAAGAAGGAACCCAGGGCUGCAGCCAGGAGUCAACAGAUUACGAUGACUCCACUCCUCUUGAAGACUCUGAGGAGCUCUACUUCGGUCGUGAGCCACAUGAGCUAGAGGACAGUAGUGAUGGAGAAGGGGAUACUUACAAUGAGGAGGAUGAGGAGGACGAAUCACAAACAGGCUAUUGGAUCAAAUGUAGCCUGGGCUGUCUUGUGGACCCCAAUACGUGGGAGCCAUACUACUCCACUGAGCUCCACCGGCCAGCCAUGAUCUUCUGCUCCAGAGGGGAGGGGGGGCACUGGGUCCAUGCCCAGUGCAUGGAGCUGUCUGAGACCUUGCUGCUCAGGCUCUCUCAGGGCAGAAAAAAGUACUUCUGCCUGGAUCACGGAGGCCUGCCCUACCAGGAGAUGACCCCACCUCGACAGGUCAUGCCUCUGAAGCGUACCCCCAUGAAAGUAAAGGACAGGAAAACUCCUCCGACAAUCAAGAUGUCCCCUGCCAAAAAAAGCUUUUUCAGAAGGCUUUUUGACUGAAUCCAGUUUUAAUUAUGACACGUGGAGAUGGUCACUGUUAAAUGCAAUGUAUAUGGAGGAUAUGUCUUGUUUAUAUUCCAUGAAUAUAUGAUUGAUGAAAGAUACAUAACAUGCUGAUCUGUACUCAGUGUGGAACAUACUGUGAAGACAAUAAACAAUAAAACUGCAGCCUGACAUUUCAUGUCUAACAGCUGUAUAUUUCCAUUAGAAUUUCACAUUGUUUGACAAAAAAAUAAGUUUUAUAUUAAUAAGUCAAUAUUUUAGCAAGUCUGUCUACAGUGUUUCUAGAUUGUGUUUUUAUCAGCUGUAUAACAGCUAAUUGUAAUUUUGUAUUCCAUUAAGUACCACAGGUUUUAUUUCCUAACAUUUUAUUCCAUGGUCAUAUGGAGCGGAAUUCUUUUUACAAUUCUUUCUCCAAUUAAAAUGAUGAUUAUUGAAAAAUACCUGAUAUGCUUAUCUGUACUCAAUGAAAUCAACAAUAAACAGCCUCAA